CAAGGUGCACCAAAACAAGUUACCAAAUCACAUUUAACUUCCUCUCCAAAUGUUGAAGAAUCGUCUCCUGCAAUUCGUGAAAAAGCGGACACUUUUGAAAUUGAAAAGGCAAAGGCUGAUGACAACAAUAACAUCGAAACAAAUACCAUCAAUACAUCCAAUAAGAGUUUCCAUUCACAGGCUGUUGAUUUCAAUGCUUUGGCUGAGAACAUAACACAAGAAUUUUCAGAUGUUGAUGAUGAAAGUAAAGUGGUUGAUAAUACAAUUGAAGAAGAAGCCGAUAAUCUAAAGUUACAAACAGAAUGGAAUGAAGGAACUUCAAAAAGCUCAAACCCUGUUAUAAGGCCAACCAGAAAUUCUAAAAGGAAAAAAUCCUCCAAAGCGAAUGAUUUACAGCUUCAAUUCACUAGCUCACCCGAUAAAAGUAUUAAUCACUCUGAUUUAUCCAUAGUUUUAGAUGCCAAUACUUCUCAAAUUGAUGAUAAUGAUCAUGACAUUUCUACAAAUGACCAACAAAGUAUUUUGACCCCAGAAUAUGACGUAAAUGUCUUACCCAAUGGAAUAUUGAGAGAAGAGACACACAAUUUGAGUGAAGAGGAUAUCAGAUUCAAAGAUAGCGUUUGGUGCCUAGCUAAUACUCGUUAUUAUCCUGGCUUGAUACUGAGCUUGGGUAAAAAGGGACUGGAGGUUAAGUUCUUCGAAUCUACAGAUGAGGUCAAUGGUGGAAUUUUCCCAUUAGAUAUUCAAAUUGGUGAUACAGUUAAAAUUGGCAGACUUGUGUAUCUUGUUACAGGGUUGGAGUGUGUCAUCCAAAAUCUUAAGGAGAAAGCCAUACGCUGCAUGAGAGGCUACGAUACUGUUAUUGUUAAAAGAGUCAAGGGAAAAGGUAAAAGUAUGAAGAUUUUGGACACAGAGGAAAAGUUUCCAUUGGCAGAGGUUCAUGUUGAAAAUGAGGAAUGGCAUAGAAGACCAAGGGUUUUGAAUGAGAUAAAACCCAAAAGGUCUUCAAUCAAUCAAGUACAACAGUUGAAAAGAAUUAUACCAAAGACCUAUGAGGAAGAACUUGUAUUGUCAACACCAAAGAAGCCAAAGAAAACAACAAGUGAUAUAUUUCAUGAAUGUGUGUUUGUAAUAACAGGUGAAGUUGAUAAAGAUGGUUUAACUAAAGCUAUUGUGAUGAAUGGGGGUACUGUACUAGAUGAUGGGUUUGCUUCAAUGAUUGAUUUUUCCAAUGGGGAACCAAAAAGUGAUGCUUUUAAAGAUUUCAAAUUCGGAGCUUUGAUCGCUGAAAAGUAUUCGAGAAGCCCCAAAUAUCUUGAAACUGUUGCUCUAGGAUGGCCCUUGUUAUUUGAGGACUUUAUUUAUGAUUGUAUUUCUGAUAACAAAUUACUUGAUAAUAUCAGUACCUAUUUAUUAGCAUCAGGUGAAUCUUCAAAAUUUCGUGGUGAGGUUAAAUCUGCUGAUAUCUUCAAGUUUAUUCAAGGUUACAUUUCAAAAACUGAUUUAUCACAACAGUUGCGAAAUAAUAGGAUUUUGGAGAGCAAAAAUGUGUUCAUCUGUUCAAAGAAGAACAUUGAAAUAACCCAAUUUUUGUUUAAAAUUUUAGGUGCCGCGAAAGUCAGUUUUGUACCUAUAACAAACUAUACAAACUUGAUCAGUACAGUGACUGAACACUCAUAUAACAAAGAUAUACUGAUUUAUCAUGACAAAAUUUCAUCUUUAAAGUCUGUUUUAGACCAUAAGGUUAAUGAUAACAAAAGAAGAAGAAUUAAAAAGAAUUCAAUAUUGUCUGAGGUGCUGUCAAGUAAUCAAAAGUUACAAAUGGAAUUAGUAGACUGGGAAUGGUUAGUUCAAUGUGUUAUCAGUAGACACCCUUGGAAGUCUCAGUUCAAAUGGAGCAGUAAAUGA